AUGACGGACACCUACACACUCGGAUGGUGGAGCAAGUACCUUGACUUCUUUUCCUGGAGGUUACUGAACUUUCCACUGGGCGUGGCCGGUCCGCUGGACCCGUAUGUGGGCAGGCAGAUCCAAUUCUGCUUCUUCCGGCUGCCAUUGGAAGAAGAGCUGAAGGCGAUGGAGGCAGAUGGUCUACCGCCGCCCAACAACUGGCUCUGUGAGUCGCAGAAGUUGAUGUUCUUCCGGCUGAGGAUUUCGAACAACGUUGAACAUGAAGAUGCUUUCGAAGAAUGCGUUGACUUUGACGAGCUGGAAGAGGAUGUGGAAGCCUUGGCGGAGAAGGCUAUCAAAGCAUAG